UGUCAUCUUUUCGCAGAAAUCUUCUUCCUAGAGGUACAAAAAAGUACCUCAGUCCUUUGUGUAUGGGAGGAGUUGACGUGUAGUUUGUAGUAUAAAUAAAUGCAAAGAGAAAAACAAGCAUCCAGAUUGGGAAUAAAUAUAUUUUCAAAUCUUUCUUUUGUUCAAGUUUAGUUUUUCUCAAUUUUUUAAAAUUCCGUUAAGUUUCAGAUGUCAAGAAGACCAUCUAAUUUACAUUCCAAGUGCAUAAAUUAAGGAAAGUUGUUAUCAAGACCUUUACAACGUGCAAAUGGGUCAACGCUUCUCCAAACACAGACUGACAGCUGUAGACAGCCCUCCAUCACGUUGCUUUUCAGUAAGUGAAGGAGUGCCACCCUACUUCUCCUCUUACAGCUCCACCACUGAAUCAGGUAUCAUCAUGGAAUCACCAGGUGAUAUGACGCGAAGGACAUCGGAAGUUAAGGACUCAAGCCCAGACAGCAGGCGACCUUCAGAAGUUAAGAACUCAAGGCAAGACAGUAGACGACCUUCCAUAUACAGCACUAUGGAUGCUAUGCCACACUUUGAAUUUUAUGCCAAUGCCACUGCCACAGGCCGCAUCAGGCGCAGUAGGCCAUCACUGGAAACCCUUCGUAAGGCUUUGGAUAAUGAAGAAUCGGCCAGUAACAUUAGUGACUCAGGUACAGGCAGUCUUUCAGUGAUGAAAAAAAUGGAAAAUGGGUCAGAGGAAAAUGGGCCAGUAGAAAAGACUCAUGAACCUGUGCGCUUUGGAUGGGUCACUGGGGUUAUGAUUCGCUGUAUGUUGAAUAUUUGGGGAGUCAUUUUGUUCCUACGCUUGUCCUGGAUCACAUCUCAAGCAGGAAUAAUUCUUACAUGGGUAAUCAUUCUCAUGUCAGUCAUUGUAACCUCAGUAACUGCAUUGUCCAUAUCUGCCAUUUCUACCAAUGGGAGAGUCUCCUCUGGGGGUGCAUACUUCAUGAUCUCUCGUACCCUGGGUCCAGAGUUGGGAGGUCCAAUUGGUGUUGUUUUUUCUUUCGCCAAUGCACUUGGGUGUGCACUUAACACAGUUGGCUUUUCAGAGACUGUCAGAGAUCUUCUAAUUGAGUAUAAUGCCCAAAUUGUGGAUCCAGUCAACGAUGUCAGAAUCAUAGGUUCCAUUACCGUCACAGUGCUUCUUUUCAUCUCAAUGGCUGGGAUGGAAUGGGAGUCUAAGACUCAGCUCCUGUUUUUCUUCGUGAUUAUGGUGUCCUUUACCAACUAUUUUGUUGGCACUGUUAUUCCAGCAACUCCAAAGAAACAGUCGAUGGGUUUCUUCGGUUAUCAGAGUGAGAUUUUCUUGGAGAACCUGUUUCCAGACUGGAGAGGACCAGGCAGCGGCUUCUUCCAAAUGUUUGCUAUCUUCUUUCCAUCUGCCAUUGGAAUUCUUGCUGGAGCCAACAUUUCAGGAGAUCUAAAGGAGCCAGAGACUGCGAUACCAAGAGGAACAUUAAUGGCUAUAUUCAGUACCACCAUAAGCUAUUUACUCAUAUCCUCAACUGUGGGAGCGUGUGUGGUGCGUGACGCCUCUGGUAACCUGAAUGACAGUUUGGCACUGAACUUUACUGAAGUAUGUGAUGGUCUGGGGUGCAGCUUGGGCUGGAACUUUACAGAAUGUGAGCAAAAUCGUGACUGCUCCUAUGGCCUGGCCAACAACUUCCAGGUACUGAUCCAAGUCUCUGGGUUUGGACCACUGAUCUAUGCUGGUAUAUUCGCAGCCACUUUGUCAUCUGCCCUUGCAUUCCUAGUCUCCGCUCCCAAAAUUUUCCAGUGUCUCUGUAAGGACAAUAUCUAUCCGUACAUUGGCUUCUUUGCAAAGGGAUAUGGAAAAAACAAUGAGCCAUUACGUGCCUAUGUUCUGUGUUACUUCAUUGCUCUCUGCUUCAUUUUGAUUGCUGAACUGAACACCAUUGCUCCUCUUAUCUCCAACUUUUUCCUUUGUUCUUAUGCUCUUAUCAACUUCAGCUGUUUCCACGCAUCUAUUACCAACUCCCCUGGAUGGAGGCCAUUGUUUCGGUAUUACAGUCCCUGGAUAGCUUUGUUUGGGGCUGUUAUUUCUGUCAUACUAAUGUUCUUGCUUACCUGGUGGGCAGCUCUCCUCACAUUUGGUAUAAUCAUCUUUUUGUUUGGCUAUGUGGCCUACAAGAAACCAGAGGUAAACUGGGGUUCGUCUAUCCAGGCAAGUACCUACAACAUGGCGCUAUCUUACACAUUAUCUCUCGCAGGAGUGGAAGACCAUGUCAAAAAUUAUAGGCCUCAGUGUCUGGUUCUGACUGGUGCUCCAAUUAUGCGUCCUGCAUUGGUCGACUUUGUUGGAUCUUUCACUAAGAAUGUCAGUCUGAUGAUCUGUGGAGACAUUCUAUUGGGGGAUGAAAAAUCUGUUAUGUCCCAACAUAAUACAACAAAUAUGGUAAAAUGGCUCAAUCAGAGGAAAGUUCGUUCCUUCUACACAGCCCUCAAGGCAUCCAGUCUGAGAGAAGGAACACAGCAUCUUUUGAAGACCUCUGGCUUGGGAAAGUUGAAGCCUAAUAUAGUUGUAAUGGGUUUCAAAACAAACUGGCAAGAAGGAACGCCUCAUGGCAUAGAUGACUACAUCAAUACCAUAUAUGAUUCUUUUGACUCAAAUCAUGGAGUCUGUGUUCUCCGCAUGAUGGGCGGCCUGGACGUUAGCGAUGAGUUACAGACUGAGGUAAACCUGACUUUUGAGAUCGGUGAAGCCAUUGAAUCUGAACAGCAAAAUUCUUAUGCCACCUCAGACAUUGAUGACACAAAAAACAUUGCAAAUGAACAGAUCAAAACAGUGUUCCAAACCAUACAGGGAAAGAAUACCAUUGACGUGUAUUGGAUCUCUGAUGAUGGAGGUUUAACUCUUUUAGUACCUUAUCUAUUGACCAGAAGGAAAUGCUGGAGGCAAAGCAAAGUCAGAGUGUUCAUCAUUGGAAAACAGCAAACAAUGGAAGAAGAUCGCAAAGAAAUGAUGAAUAUGCUUCAGCGUUUCCGUUUGGAUGUUCAUGAUGUCAUUGUUAUGACAGACAGCGAACAACCACCACUUGCCAAAAACACAAGGCGCUUUGAGGAACUUAUCACCCCCUUCACUGUAAAUGAAAGACAGCCUGAUGAGAGGACAGCACAAGAGCAGAAGAAGGCAUGUCCAUGGAAAGUUACAGACAAAGAGAUAGAAGCUCUUAGACUCAAGUCUGAAAGAAAAGUGAGGCUAAAUGAGAUCAUCAGGAAGAAUUCUAAGAAUGCUGCUCUGGUUCUAGUGUCUCUCCCCGUUCCCCAGGCCGAUUGUCCUAGUUCUCUCUAUAUGGCCUGGCUGGACACACUCAGCUGCGGUCUACACUGUCCAGUCCUUCUCAUAAGAGGAAACCAGCAAAACGUCAUGACAUUUUACUGCCAAUAAUUGUCAACAUCCCUAGACACUAUCACACACACAUUAAUUUCCCUUUUAUUUGGAAAUAAAUGUCUGAACAUUAUUAAAUUUGAUAUAGAAUAUUGUAAGCUGUCAAAUGCUAGAGCCUGUUUUAGAACUAACUUAAAGGGAUAGUUCACCCAAAAAUAAAAAUUCAUUUACUUACCCCCAUGUUGUUCUAAACCUGUAUAAAAUUCUUUGUUCUGAUGAACACGAAAUAAUAUAUUUUGAGUUAUGUUUAAAACCAAAUUGUUUAUGAGCCCCAUUUACUUCCAUAAUUAGUUUGCUUACAUACAUUCCUCAAAAUAUCUUCCUUUAUGUUUAUCAGAAAAAAGGAAUUUAUACAGGUUUGUUACAACAUGAGAGUGAGUUUGAUGAGAGAAAUUUCAUUAUUGGAUAAACCAUGAUGCUUUGGAAGUAUGGCUGAGUUCAGGGACAGACAUCUGUUUAGAUGAUGGGUAGUGUUUAACUCAUUCACCGCCAGCCUUUUUGAGAAAAGUUGCCCACCUGCAUUUUUGUGAUUUUAACAAAAGUUUCACAAAAUUCCUUGCAGGAAAAAUUAUUUUCUAUAAAUAUAUAAACAUACAAAUUAUAUCAAAUUAAAGAACACACCCUCUGCUUUCAAACAAACAAUAAACAAACAAACAAACAAACAAAAUGGGGAAAAAACCGUUUCAUUAUAUAUUUACUUUUUCCACUUAAUUUAACCACUGAAAUAUGGAUAUUUCUCUUCAAAAAUACAACAUUUUGAGCAAAAAGCUUAAAAAAUUGCGUUUUUUUAAAGGAAUUUAUGUUAGAGAUCAGACUCAGAAUGACUAUCAAACAUAAAGGCAUUUAAAAUAAAUCUUAAAAUCUUUUUAACAUCCGUUUUUGAUAAAUUCGUUUUGGCGCCAUCUGGUGGAUAAAAGCGGUUAUUACACUUUCACUUUGAAAUUCGUCCAGAAAGGCAUUUUUAUUAGUUAAAUAUGAACUCAUAAAUGACGAGAUAACUCGUCAAUGGCGGUGAAUGAGUUAAAAGCAAUGAAACAACACACAUUACAUGUUAGAUUUGCUGUUGAAAAGAUUUGCUUUACAUAAUCUUUUUAGAAAUGCACUUAAAGUGCAUGCCUUGAACCCAGAUGAUUGCUGCUUGCAGCUUUAUUUAUUUCUGCAAUUCCAGUUGGUGCAACUAGAUGUGUAGAGAUUACACACUUUCCCUAACCAACUGGUGUCAAGAUUUGUAUUUUUACUAGAUACAAAGCUGUGAAAAAGUGUUUGUCCCUCAUCAGAUUUCUUAUUAAAGUUUGACAAAUAUGCAAAAACAUGUUUCAGAUAAUCAAACAAAUUUAAAUGUUAGUCAAAGAUAAAACACAACUGAACACAACAUGCAGUUUUUAAAUGAAAUGGUUUUUAUUAUUAAGGGAAAGCAAAGUCCAAAACUACUUGGCCCUGUAUUUACCUGAAGAGCACAGUGGCGACUCAUCCAAGAGGUCAGACCCCACAACAACAUCCAAAAAACUGCAGGCCUCCCUUGCCUCAGUUAUGGUCAGUGUUCUGACUCCAGUAUAAGAAAGAGACUGGGCAAAAAUGGCCUGCAUGGCAAAGAUCCAAGACGAAAAUAAAAAACAAUCAAGGCUCAUCUCAGUUUUGCCAGAAAACAUCUUGAUGAUGCCCAAGACUUUUGGGAAAAUACUCUAUGGACUGAUGAGACAAAAGUUUAACUUUUUGGAAGGUGUGUGUCCCAUUAUGCCUGGCGUAAAAGAAACAGCAUUUCAGAAAAAGUGGAGUCAUGAACACUGACCUGGGUUUUUAAUCGCUUCAGAUUUUGAAAAUCCCUGCUGAUAUAACUCUUGUUUAAGCAUGAGCUCUGUCACAUUCCCUCUACGCAGUUUGAGCUUUCACUCAGGUGAUUCCCCAGGUGUAAGGACAUAAUAAAUAAACAUAUCUAUGUACCCCAGAUGAUUAUCGUUUAAAACUUUAGAAUUAAACCUCACCAUCUAGAUGACAAGUUUAAACUCUAAGCAACUAAUGUAUAAACAAGCUACCAACUCUUCCCCAUCCGGAGCACAGAUAUGUGAUGAAGUAGCUGUGUUCUCUUCUUUCUUUUUACAGACAUAAUGUAAUCAUGCAAAGACUGAAUUAUUAUUUUUUAAAGAUUUUACAAUGAAAACAAACACAAAUUUUAAAUCGGUAUACGCUUACCAUUAUGGAUCGGGUAAGAUAAAAUGGAAUAUGAUUUUUUUUUGCUUAAUUGAUUUUUGUUCAUAUUUAAUUGAAAAAUAUUAUGGACUGCAACUUAUUAAAAAUCUGUAUUUUGUUAAAGAGGGCAACACUAACCAAAGAACACACUCAAACACUAAGAUUCAAUGGCAAUUUUGUGUUUAUUUAAGAAUUAUUACAUUCUAUGUUAUGAUCACUCAUUAAUAUACUCUGUUCUUUGUUAUGCUUGGUUUUUAUGUUAACAAUCAAUAAAAAUGUACAGUAUUCAUUGCA